UUGCUUGGUAGUUUCUUCGUCGAUGUCUCAGUUUGUUACUUCUUCGAUGAAGCUUUCAGUUUCCGUCGUGCAGAUGAAGAAAUGAAAAAAAAGGGAAGAACAAAAUAGAGAGAUCGAAGCGAAGAGGUCAGUCGAUUGCUUGCUUGAGGUCUGAAGAAGAUGAGCACCAGAAAAAGCAGCCGCAUGCAGCUGUCGGAGAUCUCCCAGGGAGCUAAAAGACUGACCCAAAUGGUCUGCUCAUUGUUCAAGGCCCGGAAUUUCGUUGGCAGGAGCAAGCGCAUCCGCGAUGGUCUUGUGAAAGAUGCCUCGCGAGCCAAGGGGAAGUUGGAGACGGAGAGAAGGCUCGGAGUAGAGGACGGUGAGCAAUUCGGGAGUCGCUCUUGGAGGAGCUGCUGCCAUGAGGAGGAGGUCAAGAAGGUGAUCAGAGAAAGCUUGCUUCUGAGCUCCUGUGACGAUGAGAAAGCAUAUUCUAGCAGAUCAUUAGGGUCAUACCUCAUGAGCGACGAAUUCAGCUCGUCUUAUCGCGGGGCGGAGGAAGUAUUAAGGAUCAAGAAUUCGCGACGACUUCAAUCAAAGACGGCGAGCCCUAACUUGAUUGCGAGACUCAUGGGCUUGGAAGAGCUCCCUGCGACAGAGCCUGCUGCCGAUUCAGCUGAAACCAAACCCAAGAGGUGCGGCAAUGCACCGGAGCGAGUGACUCUCCGGAGCAUCAUCGAGAGAGAAAAGGCCGAGAACCACGAUGGCUCAGGUUUUUCAGAUUCUUUGGCGAACGAGCUCCAAGAGAGCUUGAAAGACAUGACGCAGUUGCUUGAGUUUGAGGACGAGGAAAGGCUAAAGGAAGUAGCGAUCUUGAAGAAGCCAUCGAGGAUGAGCCGAAUGCAUGUCUCUGCAGAUUGUAAACAGAAACUAAAGAGGGUCGAUGGAAGGCUAAGUUCAGAUAUUCUUCCCACACACCAUCGAUCUUCUCGGAAAGUCUCGGCGGCUCCAUUGCCUCAGGCCAUGAGAACUACAACAACGGCAAAGAGGGGCAUGGAGUCUGAGAGAAGUUUAGCAGCAAAUAGUUCCACAAAUCCUGCAAAGAAAACAACUGGAGUCACGCCAGCUCAAAAGACCUCGAGUCGGGAAGAAGAAGGAGUCAGCCCUUCCAGCAAGAAACAAGACGGCGAUGAUGAUGAACCAGUAAUCAAUAUUUCAGCUGCUGUUGCUGAGGCUGCUCAGCAGAAACAGGAGAGCUCGAAAUCUUUCAAUCACGAGCAAUCCCAGAAAGAUCCGAAGAGCUGCUGCUCUGGCAAAUCCAUCAACGUCGACCUCAGCAACGCCAAAAGAGGCGAAGUGAAUCAUCUGGAGAACUUGCUCCUCAACCGCCACUCCUUCCUGCUCCACGCUCGUGAGCUGAGCAUUGAUGAUGAAGCAGCAGGCGCCGCCAACAACUCCGACGCAGAGGCCAAGUUGUACCUGAGUUGCGCAGAGGAGUUGUUGCUGCGCAAAAGACGAUAUGAUCGGGAGUUGCUGACCCACCACCCUCUGUCGGCAACUCGCUCGUCGGAGGGCGCGUUGCCGGUAGGUGACAUGGUGGGGUACAUCUGCGAGCGGAUCAGGAAGCUUGACGAUUACAGUGAGCUUGGAGGUGGCGAUGCGAGGGACGGUCUUUACGUGAGGCUGGAGAGGGAUCUGGAGUGCAAAGAUGUGGCGCUGAACGCCGUGUGGGACGAGGGGUGGAGGGAGGGCGUGGGGUGGGAGGCGGCGGCGGAGGUGGUCGGUCGGGUAGAGCAGAUGGUGGUGACUUCGCUGGUGGAGGAGGCGGCUGUGCAGUUGAUGAAGUGA